CUCCGACGUCAGGCCGUGACUCAGCCCCGCAGGAUGCGGCCCCGCGCCCGCCCCGGCCCUUCAUAAGGCCCCGGAGCCGCCGGUGGCCCCACAGCGCCCGACGCCAUGGCCGCCCUCGGCCUCCUCCUCCUCCUCCUCCUCCUCGGCGCCGCCGUGGUGGCACCGGAGCGACACCAGCACAUUGCACAGGAGAGCCUGGUCCUGCGGCACCCCCACAUCGAGCAGCUGCUGCAGGAGGAGCAGGACCCCCCGCUGCCCCCCGACAUCCUGGCGGCAGCGGCCGGCGCCACCCCGGCCCCGCGCUCCCCCCACAUCUGGGCCAGCGCCCUGGACGGUUUCCCCCCCGCCUGGCCCGUGGCCGCCGCCGUCACCCGUCACUGCCGCCAGCCCCCCAGGACCCUUCCGACCCCCUCGCUGCCCCCCACCGCCUUCGCCCACCUCCGGCGGCAGGCGGCCGCGCUCGACGCCCUCCAACCCCGCCUCAACGCCUGCUGCCGCCGCAACGCGCCGCUGCCCUGCGCCCGCCGAGCCUGGACGGACGUGCUGGAUGGAUUCUGCACCGACGAAUUCGGGGUGAAGACGCGGCAGUUCCACUGCUGCCGGCAACGCGGCGCGGCACGUCGCCGUUGCUUCGCCCAAGGGCCCGACGCCGUGGCCGCCGCUGCCACCGCCGAGGCCGCCGCCGCCGUUGUCACCGCUUGGGAACCGGUCACCGAGCCGCCCUUUCCCCCCGGUGAGCCCACCGUCACCAACAUGGGGAACAUCUGCGGGUUGAGGGAGCUGCGUCCCGGCCGUCCCGGCCCCACCGGCCCCUCCGGUCCCCGCGUCCGCCUGCGGCUGCGUCUGGAACGCGACUACGGCCGCUGCUGCCGCAACGGGAGCCUCGCCUGCGCCCACGCCGCCUGGCAGAAGGGGCUGGAGCGGUUCUGCCGGGAGGAAUCUGCGGUGAAGACCCGGCAGCACCGGUGCUGCCAGCACGGGGGGGGCCGUGCCCGGGGCCGCUGCUUCGCCUCGGCCGCCCCCCACCCCGGCUACGACCGGGAGCUGCACAACAUCAGCCUGGCCCGGCCCGGCCCCGCGCUGCUCCGCUCCCUCUGCGCUCCCACCCUCCUGCUCACCAAGAGGCGCCCGGUGCCGGAGCUGCUGGGGGCCGUGACAGCCGCGUGCUGCCCGCUGCCCCCCGAGGAGCGAAGCGCCUGCGCCCACGAGCAGCUGUCCCAAGGCAUCGCCACCCUCUGUGCCACCCCACGGGACGCCUGGCGGGACCCCCAGGGCUGCUGCUCCCGGCGGGACCCUGAGCGACGCCGCUGCUUCGACGCCGAGUACCUGGCACAGGUCACCCUGGGGGCCGCCGUGGCCCCCCCGCCCCCCGACCACCACGACGAGUAACCCCCCAAAAUCCCACCCCCCCCCGGGCGAGGGGGACAAUAAAGCUCCUGUGUUGUCACCUC